CAAGAAGCUGAACCUUCAGAAGGCUGCGGGUCCGGACAGAGUUUCUACUGUGCUACUGAGCUGGCUCCAGUGUUCACGGACAUCUUCAAUGCUUCCUUGGUGUCCUGUCAUGUUCCUGCCUGCUUUAAAUCCUCCACUAUUAUUCCUGUUCCCAAGAAGGCCAGGAUCACAGGACGAAUGACUACAGAAUGACUACAGACCGGUGGCACUGACGUCUGUGGUCAUGAAGUCCUUUGAGCGCCUGGUUCACUCUCACCUGAAGUCCAUCACUGCUUCUCACCUGGACACAAUGCAGUUUGCCUACAGAGCCAACAGAUCUGUGGACGAUGCAGUGAACCAGGCCCUUCAUUUCAUUCUGGAGCAUCUGGACUCCCCAGGAACCUAUGCCAGGAUCCUGUUUGUGGCCCUCAGCUCUGCCUUUAACACGAUUCUUCCAGCUCUGCUUGAAGACAAGCUUCGCCAGCUCAACGUUCCUGACUUCCUCUGCAGAUGAAUUACAGACUUCCUGACCAGCCAGAGUCAGCGUGUGCGGCUGGGGACGACUGUCUCCGACACUCAGACCCUCAACAUCGGGUCUCCUCGGGGCUGUGUUCUCUCUCCAUGGCUCUUCUCCCUGUACACUAACUGCUGCACCUCCAGCCACCAGUCCGUGAAGCUGAUCAAGUUUGCGGAUGACACCACCAUCAUCGGACUCAUUUCAGAUGGAGAUGAGUCGGCUUACAGGAGGGAGGUGGAGCGGCUGGUGUCCUGGUGCAGCCCCAACAACCUGGAGCACAAUGCCCAGAAGACAGUGGAGAUGGUUAUAGACUUCAGGAGAGUAACAGUUUCUCUGUCCCCUCUCAUGUAGGCUGGUUUACCCAUUCCUAUUGUAGACUCCUUCUGCUCCCUAGGAACCACCAUCACUGAGGACCUCAAAUGGGAGCCAACCAUCAGGUCCCUCAUCAGGAAGGCCCAGCAGAGAAUGUUCUUCCUGAGGCAGCUACAAAAACUACGACUGCCGACGAAGUUGCUGUUGGAGUUCUACGGCCAUCAUCCAGUCCAUCCUCACCUCCUCCAUCACUGUGUGGUACAACAGGUCCACCUCCAGGGACAAGAGCAGACUGCAGCGUAUCAUACGUUCUGCUGAGAAGGUGAUCGGUUGCAACCUGCCACCUCUUCAGGACCUGUAUGUCUCCAGGACCCAUAGACGUGCAGGUCGGAUCAGAGCCGACCCUUCUCACCCUGGACAUGGACUGUUUGUUCCUCUUCCCUCUGGCAGGAGGCUACGGUCAAUCCAGACCAGAACCUCCCGUCACAGGAACAGCUUCUUCCCCUUGGCCAUUUCCGCUAAAAGCAGGGAAGCUUCAAGCGAGCAUGCUCUUAUUCUGAAAGCCCCCACACCGGAAGCGCUUACUGGCUAGUAGGACGUGCUGAGUAGGGACGUGGACCAGUGUGGGUGAGGAGGACCAGGCGGGUGGAGUUCUGACAGCAACCAGGUGGACUCGGAGAACUCCUGAAGCUUUGCUGCAACCUCUCACCUGGAACCAACAGUUUCCGACAAUUCCGAAGUCCGCGUCGUGUCCCGUGUUUCAGGAGCGAGCCGCAAAACCAUCUGCACUGAAGUUGGCUGCUGAGUGUCGAGUUGGCAAAGAUGUUUCAGAUAAAAAGGAUCUGCUGCAUUGGUGCCGGAUAUGUGGGUGGACCCACGUGUAGUGUGAUCGCUGCGAUGUGUCCGGAGGUCACCGUGACGGUUGUCGAUGUCAAUGAGUCUCGCAUCAAGGCCUGGAACUCUGACACUUUACCCAUUUACGAGCCGGGCCUGAAAGAUGUCGUUGAGUCAUGCAGAGGAAGAAAUUUGUUUUUCUCCACAGACAUUGACUCAGCCAUCCGAGAGGCAGAUCUUGUUUUCAUCUCUGUCAAUACUCCCACAAAGACCUAUGGGAUGGGGAAAGGUCGUGCAGCGGACCUGAAGUUCAUCGAGGCCUGCGCUCGGCGGAUCGUGGAAGUGUCGGACGGAUACAAGAUCGUGACAGAGAAGAGCACGGUCCCCGUCCGAGCGGCGGAGAGUAUCAGACGGAUCUUUGAUGCCAACACUAAGCCGAGCCUAGAACUGCAGGUGCUGUCUAACCCCGAGUUUCUGGCGGAGGGAACCGCGGUGCGGGAUUUGAAGGAGCCGGACCGAGUGUUGAUUGGCGGAGACGAGUCGCCGGAAGGCCAAAAGGCAAUUAGAGCGCUGUGUGCCGUGUAUGAGCACUGGGUGCCCAAAGAGCGAAUCAUCACCACCAACACAUGGUCUUCAGAGCUGUCCAAACUGGCAGCCAAUGCAUUUCUGGCUCAAAGAAUCAGCAGCAUCAACAGCAUCAGCGCCCUGUGCGAGGCCACGGGUGCGGACGUGGAGGAGGUGGCCAAGGCCAUCGGUAUGGACCAGAGAAUCGGCAGCAAGUUCCUAAAAGCCAGCGUGGGCUUUGGGGGGAGCUGUUUCCAGAAGGACGUGCUGAAUCUGGUUUAUCUGUGUGAAGCCCUGAACCUGCCCGAGGUGGCCUCUUACUGGCAGCAGGUGAUCGACAUGAACGAGUAUCAGAGACGGCGCUUCGCCUGCAGGAUCAUCGACUGCCUCUUCAACACAGUGACUGGCAAGAAAAUCGCACUCCUGGGUUUCUCCUUCAAAAAAGACACCGGGGACACGCGAGAGUCGUCCAGUAUCUACAUCUCCAAGUAUCUGAUGGACGAAGGGGCCAAGCUGUUCAUUUACGACCCCAAAGUUCUGAAGGAACAGAUCGUCCAUGACCUGUCCCAGCCCAGCAUCUCAGACGACCCAGAGAGAGUGUCGGAGCUGGUGACCGUGACCUCUGACCCCUAUGAGGCCUGCCAGAGUGCCCAUGCUUUGGUUAUCUGCACCGAGUGGGACAUGUUCAAGGAGCUGGACUACGAGAAGAUCUACAAGAAAAUGCUGAAACCAGCUUUUAUAUUUGACGGCCGCAGAGUUCUGGACCACUUGCACGCCUCCCUCCAGAACAUCGGCUUCCAGAUCGAGACCAUCGGGAAGAAAGUGACGGCAGCCAGGAUCCCCUACACCCCUGCAGCCGUCGGCCCUCGUGCCCCUGCCAUCGAACCCCCGAGCAAGAAGACCAAAGCCUAAAGCCUGCACACAUUUGCGCCACAUUCCUUCAUCAACUACAAGCUGCAUUCACGCAACAAUAUUUUAAAUUACUGUUGAGAGCAAUGCGCCUCCCACAUUAGGUCUGAGACAUUUCACCUGCUCAUCUGAAAAAGUCAGACACUUUAUGUUUUAACUUGUGUUGUCUAUAAAUCCUGACUUCACAUUCUCAAUGUUGAAUUAUCAGAUUUGGAAUUUUAUACUUCAUUUUCUUCAGAUGGACUGAAACAUUUCUGCAGAAAAUGAAAUAAUGUGCAUGCGGCUUUACAGUUGUCAGCUCCAGCCUUACAAUCAUUCAUUUAAUGAAGCUUCAGACCCAAAAAGUGUGAAUGUGAUUAUGAAUGUUGAUUCUGAAUGAAGUUAGUCAACAAGCCAGUUUUUAAAGCAUUUCAGCAUUCAAGACUUGAACCCACGCCUACACGCACUCAUGUACCUUUAGUUUUAUACAGUGUUUACUACAGUAUAGCCUCUGAAUAGAAACAUUUUAUACUGUUUUUAAAGUAUUUUUAUACCAUCAUUUUAAUCAAUGUCCUUUUUUAAAUCUGUCAUUGUACUGUCUAUUGGCCAAUGAAAUAAAAUGUGCGUCCAAUCUGCUUUCUA